AUGUCCCAAGAGGAGAAAAACGAGCUUCCAAAGUCGAUUGACUUGUCGCAUCAUUUAUCAGACCUCGCCAAGGCCCGCAAUGUAUCCCCUCUCAAAGGCUUCUUCAAGUACUACACCCCAGAUGUUCUAGCACUUGCAGGAGGUGCGCGUUCCACACCCGGACUACUUUCCCUUUGCAACUCUGAGGCUUCCACGCUACCCGUAGAUACAUAUUCGUCCACACCAGGGACAAUAACCUCUCCGUCUCCUCUCGCAUGGCUGUGGAAUCUUUUCUCAAGCCCGAGCGCCGCACGAACUACCAAGAUUUCUGUGCCAAAGUACGUCUCCGACCCACUGAAUGAGGUCAAUCUUGCAACUGCACUCCAAUACGGAAUGGCCACUGGCGUUCUGCCGCUUCAGCAGUUUCUGAGAGAUUACUCUCGCAUCUUCUAUAAACCUGGGUUCUCCGACUUUACGACACUCGUUCAUACAGGCAACACGGACGGGUGGUCUCGCGUUGUCUAUUCCUUGCUGAAUCCCGGUGAUAGCAUGCUCGUAGAGGAAUGGACGUACCCCUCUGCACUCUCAGCUGCCCUUCCUAUUGGCAUACACACCGUCGCCGUCCCUCUUGACAGCAAGGGCAUGCGCCCAGAUGCGCUUCGUCAUAUUCUUUCCACAUGGGACUCAAAGUCUCGUGGCUUCAACCGCCCACGCUUGCUCUAUACUGUUCCCAUCGGGCAAAAUCCAAGCGGUCUCACCACGGGCGAAGAACGCAAGAGGGCCAUUUACGAAAUCUGCGUCGAGUACGAUAUCAUCAUUGGAGAAGAUGAUCCAUAUUAUAUCCUUCAAGAGGGCGAGUACAUUGCGCCAGACGUACGCGCGAAACGAGCCAAUGCUCGCAAGGAAACAAAGAAGAAGACUGAUGAAGAAGAGAUUCGGGCUUUUGUGGAGAGUCUGGAGCGUAGCUAUCUCCAUUACGACUACCAAGGUCGCGUAAUCCGACUGGACACGUUCUCAAAGACAAUUGCACCAGGAUCUCGUCUUGGUUGGUUCACCUGCAACCCCAUGUUCGCCGAACGUCUCGAACGUGCUGGAGAAGUCUCCACCCAAGCGCCAUCAGGCUUCACGCAAUCAAUGGUCACACAACUCGUCGUCAAGACUUGGGGGAUGGCAGGCUAUGUGCGAUGGCUGCGUGGGUUGCGAGCAGAAUACACCACGCGCCGGGAUACACUCAUCGACGCGUUUUGCAAAGCCAUGGGUGUUGAGCUGGUCACAGAAGAGUACAGGAAUGAAAAGCCUGGAGGGGAUGUCUGGGAUGGCGCGACAGGGGUGGAAAAGAAAGUUCGCGUGAGCUUUGUACCGCCAACGUCGGGCAUGUUCGUCUGGGUCAAAGUCGACUUUAGCGAUCUCUCACCGCCGAUUCACGUCCCCGGAGAGGAAGAAAACGAAGGCACGCAUGAAGGCCGGUUCUGGGUCACCCUCGCCAAGGCUGGGUUGCUGAUUCUACCUGGGUGGGUGUUCCGCGGUGAAAAGGAGCAUGCUCCUAUCGAUCCGAACAAGUACGCACACUACAGAAUCAGCUUUAGCGAUUCGACAGUCGAUAAUAUGGACAAGGCGGCAAAGAUUUUUGCCAAGACGCUUCGAGAGUAUUGCUCCCAAUGA